ACUCGCUUUGCGACUCGAACUCACGUUGAGAAACUGUAUGUGAAAAGAGAGAGUGUGUGUGAGAGAGAGGGGACGGAGUAAAGAGUUAGUGAGAGGGAGAAUAUUUCCACCAUCUGAAGACUUUUAGCAUUUAAGCAUCAGCAUCAGAGCGCAAACUUCAAAGGAUUAUUUCUAUUUCAGACAUUUAUUUCUGUACUUUAGGACAUUUUUAAUUUUUAUUUAAGUAAAAGAGAUUAGAAAAUAAUAUAAGUUCACUAGUUUUGGGGGAGUUUUUUGUUUCAAAGGAUUCUACAUUUUCUUACUGAAUCUUUCAGAUAAAGUCAGUUAACAACUUAAAAUAUAUUCUUAAUAAUUUUGGCUGUGAUUGCUCCCCUCGUGAUUUGUAAAAUUAGACCAAUCCAACACGAAUCCUGUUAAAAGAGAUUAGGUUCUAAGCAAUUUUACAGUAUAACAGUAUAAUUAUAAUAAUUGCUUUAAAUUAUAUCAAAAUGAGUUUAUUUAAUCUUUAUCAGUAUUCCAUUUCGUUCAGUUUUUUUCCAGCAUUCAAAUAAUUAAAAAUACGUAACUUUAUUGCUGUUUUCUUUACAAAUUUUACGGGAAUAGAAGGUAAAGAACAUCAGUUAGCCAACGUUUCAUACGUGUAUCAGUUGUAGCCUCUAACUGCAAACAAUAUAUUUUAUUUAUUGCGAUAUAUUUAAUAGCGUUUAAUACAUUUUCUAAGUCACUAUCGUCGUUUUAGUCGCCUAUAAUUUAUCCUUUCACUGUCAUUACUUCAUUAUUUCGUUUAAAGAGUCACUGUCGCCAACUACAGCUCAGUCAUCAUGCUUUUUGAAAGUUUUGACCUUGUGUCGGCUCUGGCGACACUUGCGGCUUGUUUGGUGUCAAUGGCUCUGUUGCUGGCGGUGUCCCAGCAGCUGUGGCAACUGCGAUGGACCGCGACCCGGGACAAGAGUUGCAAACUACCCAUGCCCAAAGGCUCAAUGGGAUUCCCCAUCAUCGGAGAGACCUGCCACUGGCUUUUUCAGGGUUCGGGGUUCCAUGCGUCGCGGAGGCAGAAGUAUGGGAAUGUGUUUAAGACCCACCUGCUGGGACGGCCCCUGAUCCGGGUGACGGGCGCAGAGAACGUGCGGAAGGUCCUGAUGGGGGAACACAGCCUGGUGACGGUGGACUGGCCGCAGAGCACCAGCACCCUGCUGGGCCCCAACAGCCUGGCCAACUCCAUCGGAGACAUCCACAGAAAGAGGAGAAAGGUUUUUGCCAAGGUGUUCAGCCACGAAGCCCUGGAGAGCUACCUGCCCAAGAUCCAGCAGGUGAUCCAGGAGACGCUGCGGGUGUGGAGCAGCAACCCCGAGCCAGUGAACGUUUACCGCGAGUCCCAGCGGCUGUCCUUCCACAUGGCCGUGCGCGUCCUCCUGGGCUUCAGGGUCUCUGACGAGGAGAUACGCCACCUCUUCAACACCUUCCAGGACUUUGUGGACAACCUCUUCUCCCUGCCCAUAGACCUGCCCUUCACCGGGUACAGGAAGGGCAUUCGCGCGCGGGACACUCUGCAGAGGUGCAUUGAGAAGGCCAUCCGGGAGAAGCCGCUGCGCAGUCAGGGGAAGGACUACUCCGACGCGCUGGACGUGCUGAUCGAGAGCGCCAAGGAGAACGGGGCGGAGCUCACCAUGCAGGAGCUGAAGGAGUCGACGAUCGAGCUGAUCUUUGCCUCCUUCGCCACCACGGCGAGCGCCAGCACGUCGCUGAUCAUGCAGCUGCUGCGCCACCCGGCGGUGCUGGAGAAACUGCGCGAGGAGCUGCGCAGCCGGGGCAUCCUGCACAACGGCUGCCUGUGCGAGGGCGAGCUGCGCCUCGACAACAUCUGCGGCCUCAAGUACCUGGACUGCGUCAUCAAGGAGGUGCUGCGCCUCUUCACCCCCGUCUCCGGGGGAUACCGCACUGCCGUGCAGACCUUCGAGCUCGACGGAGUGCAGAUUCCUAAAGGCUGGAGCGUGAUGUACAGCAUCCGAGACACCCACGACACCUCGGCCGUGUUCAAGGACGUGGGCGCCUUCGACCCGGACCGCUUCAGCCAGGAGCGCAGCGAGGACAAGGAGGGGCGCUUCCACUACCUGCCCUUCGGCGGCGGGGUGCGCACCUGCCUGGGCAAGCAGCUGGCCACCCUCUUCCUCCGCAUCCUGGCCAUCGAGCUGGCCAGCACCAGCCGCUUCGAGCUGGCCACCCGGACUUUCCCGCGCAUCGCCACCGUGCCCGUCAUCCACCCCACCGACGGCCUCAAGGUCAAGUUCUACGGGCUGGACUCCAACCAGAACGAGAUCAUGGCCAAGACCGACGAGAUUCUGGGCGCAACCGUCUGAUUGGCCGGGAGGAGGGGAGAGAGAGAGAGUGAGAGAGAGAGAGAGAGAAAGAGCGUAUGGCUGGGCGAGAGAUGAGUGACGGCAGUGCUGUUUACCAUUUUUGCCCCCCCAUUGAAGUUUGAAAGACAUUUUUUAUUAUUAUAUUAAUUAUUAUUGUUUUGUGGACAUUCUUGAGAGAUAAGAGGAAAAGAAAAGAAGCUGCCAAAUAUGUAUAGUCUUUAUUCUUUUUCUAAAAAAACUAUCAAAAUAACAAAAAAAAGCAUAAAAAAAGAAAAGAAAGUAAUGUAAUGAGAAAAUGCACAAUGAGG